GCUUAAUUUGAAUUCAUCUGUUAACACCUAUAAAUUCAUAAAUCAAAGGGUCAAUUAACUUUUUCUCAAAUAAAAAUGCAUCCCCAACAUGUGUAUCACUGGGACGCAGUGAGUCAGCCUCGACUCCCCAGAGGGUGCGCGCCACGGCACGGCUAUACAGACCCCGCCCGCGCAGAGAGAAAGCGUGAGAUGGAGAGAGAGAGAGAGAGAGAGAAGGUGGGGGGUUACUUACUUACUUCCACCGAAUCAGGGUGCCGGUGAGUGUUGUUGCCGCCAUAUAGGUGGAGGUUGCAUGUUCUCGGAUUUAAAGCUGUGAUCAUCAGCUGCGGCCGGUCACCGUGACGCACAGGACAACCGAACCGGAGUCACAUUGGAUUAGAGCCAGAGACAGCGGAGGGAAGUUGAGAUGCUGUAAAGAGAGAGAGAGAGUGGUGAGAGAGAGAGAGAGGAAGAGGAGGAGGAGGAGGAUGCUCCAGUCUCUCGCGGUUGUUUUUUGUGUGAUGAUAAGUUUGGACUGCAAAUAACGUGGAAAAGGAGCGCGCUCGUGUAAUCUGGGAUGUAUUUUCUUUGAACUGCAUUAAUAAGAGGAGAAAAAGGUCAAGUGGACGCAGUUGGACGCAGUUGGAGAGGUCUGCGGUGAAGGAACAAAGCGUGCGUCAGGCUGAACACCAAAAAUCUGGGUAAAAACAAAUAUGACGGCCGAUUUUUUUGACUUGUGUCUGCUGAGCUGAAGAGCGACGAUAGAUAACAUGACAAACCUUCGGGUGAAUUCUGGAUUGUGAUUUUUUUUUUUUUUUUUUUUUGGGGAGAAAUAAAUAAGGGGGGGAUCUUAAUCCAAAGGCGGCGCAUGCAUCCGUCUCCAUCUCCUGCAUGGUGCUGCUGCUGCGCGUAAUGGGAGAAAAGUUUCGGACCUUGCAGAAGGAGACGCACUCGCAGCAUCGCUCAUAAAUAACAUGUGAAUCCUGCAGUUUCACACCAAGUUUGAGAGUGAAUUUCAGCCCAUUUCAGUAUGACUUGAAAAAACAGCUUUUGGGGGUUUAUCGGAACUCGCAAUCAAGCCAGUUAACGAUCCAUGAACCACCGGUUUGUCCAAAAGACGCGCAAGACGGACAUUAAUGAUCUAAAGAGGAGGAUUUCUGCAGCAGCAGCAGCAGUGACAGCCUGAUCCCAGAGAGAAAGAGAGAGAGAAAGAGAGAUUCCCAACUGGAUGUCUAUGAUGUUGUGCCAGCUCGGGCAGAGGUGUGUGAUGGAGGUGAUGGUGCUGACCAUCCUGUCCUGGGUGACCGUGUGGGCAGAGGAGAAGAUCAUAUUUGACAGACAUUCUGUCUACUGGAACAGCUCCAACCCCAAGUUCUGGCACGGAGAGUACAGGGUGGCGGUGAACAUUAACGACUACCUGGACAUCUACUGUCCUUACUACGAGGGUCCUCCGUCCCACGGGCGCAUGGAGCGCUACAUCCUCUUCAUGGUCAACCACGAGGGCUACACUUCCUGCCAGCACAGGAUGCGUGGCUUCAAGCGCUGGGAGUGCAACCGUCCCAGCGGUCCUGACGGACCCCUGCGCUUCUCGGAGAAGUUCCAGCUCUUCACUCCCUUCUCCCUGGGCUUCGAGUUCAGGCCUGGACACGAGUACUACUACAUCUCGUCUCCUCACCCAAACCAUGUGGGGCGAGCAUGUCUAAAGCUGAAGGUGUAUGUCAGACCUCCAGAUGGGUCGGGAUAUGAUUCUCCGGAGCCCUUCCUGACUGAUGGAGGUCCGUGCUGGAGGCCAGGGUCCGCGGCCCUGUUAGCUGCUCUGGCCUCACUGCUCCUGGGACUCUUCUCCUGGCUGUGACCCCUCUCCCCCUCCUCCUGGAGCUCCCACCCAGGGUCGCUGGGCUGGGCUGGCUGUCCCUCUAAAUCCACCACCCCUCAGGGAAGCCCUCUGUCUCCGUCCCCCAUCCCCCCCCCAUCCCCUUCCUCUCCCACCUCCACCUCUAUACGACCACCAACCACCCCCACUGCCAGCCCCCUCCAUGGCCCAGCCACGGACACCGCUCCCAGGCCCUGGCUGAGAGGGUCGGGUCUCGAGCUGUCUGGGAAGCUGCGCUUCAUCUCUGAUCCCCUGAAUUCAGGGUGGAACAGCAGCUCUCAGCUGAAAAACACAAGGGAAAUGUCUCUGCACUCAUAUCAGGGGGUCCUUUUGAUUUGUCUAUUGACUCUUGGCCACUGAUGGGGUAGAUGUAGCCGCGGCUAUGAUUAAACUUGUCGUUCCAGUGCCAUUCCUAUCAUCCAAUCACGGCAGGAUGCAUUAAGCGAUAGGCCUGGAUGCACAAAAAUUGGAUUUUUCUCACAUUGCUAUCCCAUCGUCAGACGAAGAAUUGGAAGUGGCCAAGCUUGCAUUGUAAUUGGAAUUCUAUACUACCUGGACCAGCUCCAACUGCAGCGAGAAAAAAAAGAGCAACCGUAUAAGAGACGGAGAGGAGGAAAGUGACCCGGGCCGGUGCAGAAAAGAAAGGGAAAACAAUGCGGGCACAGAUUUAAAUACAUGCGGCCAUGUGGGAGAUGUAAUGUUAUAUGUGUUGAUAUUUUCAGAGCCAGUGUAGACUCACAGCAAUGUGAUAUAAAAAAAAAAUCAUUUUUUUUAUGAGAAGCUAAGAUAUCACAUUAUAAUGACAAGUGUAAUCAUAGCCUGUUUGAGUGGGAGGGUGUGUAGGGGGGUGUGCUGGGUGGGUGUAUAUUUUCAGGUGGGAUGUGUUCUGUCUUAUUCAUGUUUCUAAACAAAGCAUUUAUCACAGCCUGGCCAGCACAGGCGUCUUCAGCACUGUCUAAUGUCGAUAGGGUCGGGUGACUUUUGGAACCAUGACUUUCUCAUGUAUGAAUGUACCACUGGUUACCCACCUCUUUGUCUCUCUGUAUUAUUAUGACUGUGGUCACUUACAGUACCUUCUCUCGGACUGGCAGGAUGAACGGGGUCGGGGUUGGAUUUUGGAGGGAUGGCGGGGCGGGGUAGGGCAGGAGGAGUUGAGGAUGGAACAGGUGACAAAAAGGAGGCGACACUCAAGUUGCAUGACCACUGUGAAACCUUCAGAUCAAUCUCGUUUGUAAUGAUGAUAUAUUUUUUCAUGGGGGAUAAAUCAGAAACACCCUGCUACCGCUCUCUUGCUCUCCCUGAGACUUUUUUUUCAGACAUCAAACGGAAAAAAUUCAGCCUCUCUCCUCUCGCACGGUUUCUCCUGUCUGGCUUUCGGUCGUUGAUGGAUUAGCUCGGGCCCUGGUGAGAUAAAUGGACCCACAGGGUGAAACUGACUGGAAAUCAGCCCCUCAGAGCCCAGGCCAGAUCACAAUGGACGCAAAUACUGACUGAAGCUGGUCCCGGGUCUGAGGGUUAAACCAAUGAAGGGGAAGCGCAUAGACUUGUGGCAAAUGAGGCGAGGUGUGUGUGUGUGGUAGCAUCACAAAAAACACACAUGCGCAUGCACACACAUAUACAUGCACACACGCACACAGUCUUUGAUAACGGGACGGUUCCUCUGAGAUUUUUGGGAGCAUUUGUGGACUAUAAAAGGAACAGCACAAAGAGAGAGAGGGAGCGCCGAGAAAGUUUGUGUGUAUCAUGGGACUUCUUUAAUGUUGGGAAGUGAACAUAAUGAGUAAGCACUGUGAACACACGCAUACAUACACACAUGACGACCAGUGUACAGAUACACACAGACAUAUGUAGAAAAAGCACAUGCAGAUCUAGACAUUUACAACGACAUGGCAUGCACAUACACACAUGUACAAAGACACAUACACACACACACACACACAGGAAAACACAAACAAGGGGAAGCACUUCCUUCCCCGUUUCAUCUUAUUUUUGUAGCAUUUAAAAUCACUGUUAAUUACUCCUGUGUGGGAUGCAGUGAUGGGGUAUAGCCUGUGGAAGAUUAAAAAAAAUGUGUUUUCUCUUCUUCUAUUCCACUGAUGCUGUCCUUCUAUCGUUCUUCUUCUCUGGUUUGUGAUCCAUGGUUGGUAGUGGUAGGAUGCCUCCAGGUCUGAGCGUCAUGUAUGAGUUUGUCUCCUUUUCUGUUUGUGGUGUUUUUAUUUUUGUUUUGUGGGAGCUGACCUCAGUCAUUUAAGUCAGUCAGUCAAAAGUAAACACGGAAGUCAGAGCAAGGAGAGAAACACACAAAUAAAGAUUGUCUUUUUGUCUACUCGAAAAAUAA